AUGGCGGUCAACGGCACAAACGGCACCAAUGGUCACAGUGGAAGCAACGGCACCAGUGCCUACCACGCCGCCUCCACCCAAGAGGCGAUUCAAGCCGAGAGUGAUUUUGCCGCCCACAACUACCACCCUCUCCCUGUCGUCUUCGCUCGGGCUCAGGGCACCUCGGUCUGGGACCCCGAAGGUCGUCACUACCUGGACUUCCUGUCCGCAUACUCUGCGGUCAACCAAGGCCACUGCCACCCUAAGCUAGUCGCCGCUCUCGUGGACCAGGCGUCGCGGGUCACCCUGAGCUCUCGUGCCUUCUAUAACGAUGUCUUCCCACGCUUCGCCCAGUUUGUCACUCAAUACUUCGGCUUCGAUAUGGUUCUGCCCAUGAACACGGGUGCAGAGGCCGUCGAGACCGGUAUUAAGAUCGCUCGUAAGUGGGGAUACAAGGUCAAGGGUAUUCCGGAGAACCAGGCGGUCGUCCUGAGCGCGGAGAACAACUUCCACGGUCGUACAUUUGCUGCUAUCUCCCUGUCAUCUGACCCCGAGUCGCGUGACAACUAUGGUCCUUACCUGCCCGGCAUUGGGUGUAACAUUCCCGGCACUGACAAGCCCAUCACAUACAACGACAAGGCCGCUCUGCGGGAGGCCUUUGAGAAAGCCGGCCCCAACCUGGCGGCCUUCCUGGUUGAGCCCAUCCAGGGUGAGGCCGGCAUCGUCGUUCCGGAUGAGGACUACUUGCAGGAGGCGAGAGCCCUGUGCGAUAAGUACAACGCUCUCCUGAUCUGCGAUGAGAUCCAGACGGGUAUUGCCCGCACUGGUAAGCUUCUCUGCCACGAGUGGAGCGGCAUCAAGCCCGAUCUGGUGCUGCUGGGCAAGGCCAUCUCGGGCGGAAUGUAUCCCGUCUCCUGUGUUUUGGGCCGUAAGGAUGUUAUGCUCACCAUCGAACCCGGUACUCAUGGAUCGACUUAUGGUGGUAACCCCUUGGGCUGUGCGGUGGCUAUCCGGGCCCUGGAAGUUGUCCAGGAGGAGCGGAUGGUCGAGCGGGCCGAGAAGCUCGGCCACGUCUUCCGCGAUGGCCUGAAGGCCAUCAACAGCCCGAUGAUCCAGACCGUCCGUGGCAAGGGUCUGCUCAAUGCCAUUGUCAUUGACGAGUCGAAGACCAAUGGACACUCUGCGUGGGAUCUCUGUAUGUUGAUGAAGGAGAAGGGUCUGUUGGCCAAGCCAACCCACGAGAAUAUCAUUCGUCUCGCUCCGCCCCUUGUGAUCACCGAUGAUGAGAUCAAGAAGUCCUUGGAGAUCAUUGCAGAGGCCGUAUCGGAGCUUCCCACCCUGAAGGGUGCCGCCGAGGAGCAGGUGAUCCCUCCCCCGGAGAAGAAGGUCAAGAUCGGCGUUGAGAACUAAAGAGGCUCGAAGAGAAAGGGAGAAGAUGGGGAGCCCGCGGAGGAAAAAGCGCCACUGACUACCUUACAUAGUCACCCAGACCCCUACCUCGUCCACAUGCUGUGCGUGGGCACCGGCCGACGCAAGACGAUCAAUCGAUCGUCCGUUGAGUGUGGGAAUGGACCGAGAGUAGGGUUCUCACGUUCCAAAAAAAGAUCGAGAUGGAUGAUUGGACUUGAGAAGGGAUGCUGGUUUGAUACUGCUCUGAUUCGAUAACUGUUGUAAAAAAGUGCCAGGUUGA